AUGGCGUGGUUGAGUCCUUUGCUUAUUGUCUCACCAGUCUUUAAGCCAGGUGUCAACUGGGCUGAAUUCUCAUCUGGAGGCUUAACUAAGGAGGAAUCUGCUUCGAAGCUCAUUCAGAUUAUUGGCAGAAUUCACUUCCUUGCAAUUGUAGGACUGAGGACUCUGGCUUCUUGCUGGGUGUUGACUGGAGGUUACCCUCAGCUCCUAGAGGCCACCCUCAGUGCCCAAAGGCCACCUGCAGUUCCUCAUCACACAAGCUUUCCUAACAUGGCUGCUAUUGGUGUGAGAAUGGCAUGUUAUGCUAACAAGAAUGUUGCUCUUGGACGACACUUUAGCCGAGAUCCAAACCUAGGUCUCUCCUCCAGUCAAGGCUCAGAGGAGGUCGCCAUGGGCUGGGCAGAUCCUGAAGAGAACCAGCUUGAGUCUGACAGUCCUUCCAGAACAUGGCACCCACCUCCACCAUAUAACACAGCCAACUCUUUACUACAGUCACCGGGGAACACAGUGACCCCAUCCCUAAUCACUUCUUCAAGAGGUGCAAGUGACCCAGGAAUUCCCCUGCCAUUGCACAAUGAACUUUCCAUACCUUUAUUGGGAAUUCAGUUGUGGGGAGGAAAUCAAGGCUUUCAAAAACAUUAUCAGGAGACAAAAAUGAAGCCCCAUCUGCAUUUGAAUUUUCCAGUUUCUCAGUGUCAGGCAUUGAAUUGUCAUGGUUUGGCUCCCACUCGUUUUCUGCUUCAACGCUCAACAAGAAGACAUGGAAGUGCAGCACCACCUAGAAUUCACUUGGUUGGAAAGAAAUGCAUUUCCUGUGAGUUGGAGAAGGUCCUUCCGUUCUUUGCAGCAAAACCCACCAUCUUCCUGGAGUCUGCGUUGUUCCCUUCCAGAAUAGAUGUUGAGCUUUUAAACAAACCUACAGUAGAAGCAAGCCCUCUCCAGGAAAUCCCAAUCUCUUUCCAAACAGGGACAGCAAAGGUUCUCUCUGUUGUGGCUGUUUUUCCCUCUCCUCUGGGAAUUGGUUUGCCUUCUGAGAGCAUCCCAGGAAGGGGAGGUGCGCCCCAAAUUGGCGAGGCUCUGCCAAAUACCAAAGGCUCUUCUUUGGAAGAAGACUCCUCCUUUGGACGUGAGGCGCCCCUACCAGAGCGCCCGCGUACAGAAACGGAAACCACUAGCUGCGCUGAAGUGAGUCAAGUGAUGAAAUCAAGACUACACGGGAAGGAAGCUCACGAAACCUAACUGGUGACAGAAGCUGCUGAACCCUGCCCGAGGAAACCACAUGAGCCAGCAGUUGCUGCCCUCCCGAAGUGGUCCUCGGAGGCAGCGCACCCCUUCAUUUUGGCGAACCGAAGAGGAAGGGAGGAACCGUGUGGGGGAAAUCUAGAACUUCUGGUUCCCCAAGGACCCAGCCGACUGUGUUCUGGCUACAAGGUGAUCUCUUGUCACCAGGCCAGUGCAGGAUUCCUCCAAUGUAGAUGGGCCGGGAGCCACAACUUGCGCGGAGCAGCAGCCUCGCCGACCGCUCAGAGAGAAGCCGCGCG